AUGGCACCUACAAAUAAUGCGCUUGAAGUUCAGCUGAAGUCGAUAGGCCAAGCAGUGGAAGCAGUCAAAGCAGUCAAACAAUUUUCACAAAACGUCAAGCCUGAAGAAACUCUAAACAUCAAAGUAUCGCUCGCACCAAAAACAAGAGUCGAAAUCGCUGCAGUAUCAAGUCUCAUCCAAUACGCCUGUCACAUUGUACAAUCAGAAAAGGUGCACGACGUGCUUCUGGACUUCUCACAAGUGAAACUUCCCUUCACCUUCCCAAACAAAUCUAUUCGCGAAAUUUUAUUUGCAAAUCAUGAGAGUUCGAUAGCACUUGAACUCACGAGUAAAGAUUGUCGACUGACGGUCUUUCGAAAAAAUAAUCAUGAUGAACGAGAUGAUUGGUAUGAAAAUAUUAAGAACUGGAGAAAAGAUUUACCAAACAAGUUUCAUCUCAUGUUAAACGAACUUGUGGAGAAUGUUCCAGCGCAUGCUCAAUUGCCAGCAGAUAAAUUCUGCUUUACUGUCGGUUUACUCUUUUCAACAAAAAAGUUAUAUUACUGUGUAGCUGAUAAUGGCGUCGGUCUACAUGGUUCACUAAAAGAAGCAAUCGUUCCCGAUGCAAAAGAUGUCGCUUCUCGUGCUUGCGCUUUACAUUUAACUCGUGCACAAGUCACUUCAAAAGGUAUCGAACGCGGUCAUCAAGGUGUAGGUCUAUUCAUUACUAGUGAAUUAGCAACAAUGAAUAAAGGAUAUCUCGAAAUUUUAUCUGGUGUACAAGAAUAUGAACAACGAGACACAACUGUCACAAGUGUACGUGGAAUAGCCGAAUGGGAAGGGACAAUGGUACACGGUGCAAUCAACCUCGAUCAAGAAUUCAACUAUCGUCGCGCUAUGAAACUAUUCGCCGAACCAUCAACAAUUAUUAAGGACCGGUUCCUCGUCUGUCAAAUCAGCUUAAAUGUCUACGGACAACGUUCACUACGAACACGCGAACUCUGUGAAGAAAUAAUGCACGAUUUAGACAUUGCCGCCGAACGAUCAUCGAAAAUAAUUCUCGACUUUAAAGAUAUCGAAGAAAUUAGUCAAGCUUUCCAUGGCUUCUUAAGAAAAUUCGUCACCGACCAUAAAAAAAUUCGAAUAAUGAUUAUGGUGCCACCGGAUGCUGACGAUGAAUUGAAAGAAGAUUUGGGAGAGUUGAAUAAUUUGGCGAAUGAGAAUUGGGUUGAUGUUGAUGAUUCGUCGGAUUCUAGCAACAGUUCUUAA